AGGAAGAUCACAUCUUGAACACAAGGAGGCCUCACUUUGCUCUCAGUUAUUUAAAUCAACCAUAAAGCUGCACAUUAAUAGAUGUCAAGAAAUUGGUCUUGUAUACACUUUCUCCAUAUACCAACUCAGCGUCAUAUUAUCUAUCGAACAAGAAACGCAAGUUCCACUUCUAUCCGCAACAACCACAAACAUGCUAUACAAGACCUCACCUGUCGUUUCUAAGCGUCUGGAUGACCCCACUGAAACGAACUCUAUUGACAAUCUUGAAAGCUCCGGACGCUCCUGGUCCCCUGUUGCGCAAGCAGUAUGGGGACAUCCGGUUGAUAAACCCCUUCUCAGGACAUGGGAUGGCCUUUCAGGAAGUCAACCAGAUGGAUCUAGAGAUAUGUCCACCAGAGCAUCCGAUAUGCCAUUGACAACCUUCGAAGCCCGGCAGUCGUCCCUUCAGACUCACAUUAUACACCGUAACUGGACGCCCACGCCAUAUAUCUCUUUCACUUCCUCACCAGAGGCACUCGAGAACUUGGCUAACUUCAGGAAGUCCCGCCCAGGAGGAAGACAUCAGACCAUUACUGUAGUCGAUCCUGCAGUUCGUCUCGAGUCAGGCUGGCCUAUCAUUUCCUAUGGCGAAGAAAAUGAGUAUUACGGCAUUGAAAUCCCACAUGGGAUACAAGACUGGGAACUUAAGGCUCACCACUUAUGCCUGCGGAGAGUCAAAGCAGACGAAAUUGUUGAGCAUUACGACUGGGACAAGCUUUCUUCGGACCCUGACUGGUAUGAAAAUACUAUCCGCCCGGAUUUCAAGAGGUUUCGUGAAGAAAGGCAGCAUCGGGAGCAGGACCAGGUUCAAGAUCAGAUAGAUGAUAUAUCAGCCGCUUUCGAUACCCUACACCGUGAGUAUUCUCCAUUAUUCUUAAUAUGGCAAGAUUCGCUAACUGUGUUGGUGGAUGGCUCUUCGUCACCGAGUUCCUCGACUCCUUCAAACCACAACACAAACAAUGAAUAUUGGGUAGACAGGAACGACAACCAACCCACUAAGCAACAUAUUCGGUCGUUGCUGUGAGUAUGGGCUUCUGCUGUCUCUGAUUGCCAGGAGUAAAUGGUUAGAGGGUACUUCGAGGCGUGGUUGAGAAUUAUCAUUCGAGUGUUUUGGUAGUUAUCACCGAGAUCAGAUUGUGAUGCAAGGGAGGUGCACGAUGUUAGACUUAACUUAUGCUACUUCGAAUAAUAUAUCAUAAAGUCUUACCGAGCUUGCUAAGCUUUAACUGCGCAUUCAACAGUCAGGGAACAGAUUGCUCAUUCCUUAUCAUUACACUCACCGUGAUACUGUCUCAUACAUCUCAGUGUUCAUUCCUCUCAGUGUACCCUAUAGUCGCACCGGGUUUCAUUUUCCUGCCUUCAAGAAGACAUUUAAGCUAGUUCAAGCCAUGAGUCAUGAACUGAGAAGAUCAUUUAAUUCCGGUGCAUUCCCGAAUCCUUAUACUCAAGGAGCAAGGAUUUCUUAGU